AUGCCUCAUGAUUUGAAAGGACUGGGUGUAAGGAAAGCGAUAAUGGCUCCCUUGUCUCCCACUCCUUGUGCAGAAAUCAGUGAUGAUGAACUGGUUUCCAUUUCUGUAAGGGAUUUAAACAGACAACUUAAAAUGAGAGGACUCACUAGAGACCAAAUUGUUCGGAUGAAACAAAGGAGACGGACUUUAAAGAAUAGAGGAUAUGCAGCCUCGUGUCGAAUCAAACGAAUAGAGCAGAAGGAUGAAUUGGAAACAGAAAAAAGUCAGGAAUGGCACGAUAUGGAGGCUAUGCAAGAAGAAAACACAAGGAUUCGAGAUGAAAUUGAAGCUUUGAGAAGUAAAUAUGAUGCGUUAAAACGUUUCGCUCACAUGAAGAGUAUUCCUUUACCCGCAGAGCUUGAAAUGUUGCCA